AUGGUUGCUGAACCAGUACAAGCCACUGUACAAGCAUUGAAACAUUAUUAUUAUCAAGCAAAUAAUUAUCUAGAAGAUCAACAUGAUAAAAUCAUUAAUUCAUCUUAUUAUGAGAAAUUACUUGAAUUAACUCAUCCUUUUAUAUAUAAAGAUUUACCAUCAGAAAAUUUGAAUUAUGGAACCAAUAAUCUGAUUUCUUCUUCAAUUUCCAAUACUUGGAAUAAUUUAAUUUCUAAAUUAUUAAAACCCAAAGUAAAAUAUUAUGGAUCAAUAUUAACUAUUGGAUUAGGAGUUACAACAACAAUGAUAUAUUUAUUAACUCAACCUAAACUUCAACUUCAAUCAAGUAUACAAAAAAAUGGUGGUAAACGAAGAGUACCUAAACUUUCUAAUGGAGCUAGAAGAGAUGUGAUUUUAAUAAUAGGAUCACCAAUUGAACCAUUAACAAGAUUUAUUGCUAUUGAUUUUGAAAAAAGAGGAUUUAUUGUUUAUUUAACUUUAUUGGAUAAUAAUGAUAUUAAAUAUAUUGAAACAAAUUUAAUUAAUGAUAGAUUAAAUUAUUUAAAUUUUAGUGAUUUAAAAAUUAUUGAAAAUGAAAUUUUUAAAUUUAAUCAAAUAUUGAAAACUCCAAUUAUACCAUUUAAAAAUGCUCAAUCACAUUAUUUACAAUUAAAAUCUAUAAUUUUCACUCCAUUAUUACAUUUCCCAAUUGGUCCUAUAGAAAAUAUUUCUAUUAAUUCAUGGAUAAAAUUAAAUGAUCGAAUUUUAAUUUAUUUAAAAUUAUUUUCUUCAGGAUUAAUUCAAUUAAUUAGAUCCCAACAAAAUAAUUGUCAUGGUAAUGGUAAUAGUAAUGGUAAUAGUAAUGGUAAUUGUAAAUUAAUUUUAUUAAAUCCAAUAAUAUUAAGUGGAUUAAAUAUUCCUUAUCAUUGUCCAGAAACUUUAUUUCAACAAAAUUUAAAAUCAAUUUUCACAAUUUUAACUCAAGAAUUAAUUAAUCAAAAUAUUAAUAUUACUCAAAUUCGAUUAGGUAAUUUAUAUUUACUGAAUCAAAAUUUAAAUUCAAAUAUUAGAAUUGAAAAUUUAAUAAAUUCUGAAAUUAGAACUUGGACUUCAGAAAUGAAACAAUUAUAUAGUGAUAAUUUUACUCAAAUUCAAUUUAAAAUUAAUCCAUUAAAAUCAAUUUGUGGUGGUGGUGGUGGUUUUAGAAGAAAGGGAACACCUUUAAUACAAUUAUAUCAUUUAUUAUUUGAUUUGAUUUAUAAUGAUAAAUUAAAUCCUAAUGUUGUUUAUUGUGGUACUGGAGCAAGAAUUUAUGAUUGGAUUUCUAAAAUUUUACCUGAAUCUUGGAUUCAAUGGUUAUUAAAAUAA